UUCCCUGCGUUAUGAAUUUGCUCCAGUUGUGUUGCAACAGUUCGCCUGAUAUUAUCUCCCCGAAUAGAAUUCCAAAUUCCUCUCAAUUGAUUAAGAUCUAUCUAUGAAUAUCUGAUGUCAAGAAAAUGUUGUUCUCAUUGUAUGGCUUGCGAUAAAGCUACGAAAAACUUCUUCUGACUAAGGAUAUGUGACCCUGGUGAAGAUCAUUCAUCGGUCCUAAUCGAACGUAUAUAAUUAUUCCAAUACCUAAUGCCCUGAUAUUCAAAAGAGCACCUGCAGUAUCAGGAAUAUUUUCCAUAACCAGUGGCCAUGACCAUUUCUGAAAAGACAAAAUUGACUCGUGAGUGCCACGAAGCAGCCCGCGACCCCGAAGAACUCGAGGAUCCAGAGGAUCCGCUACAGGUCCAGGAAAAACGUUGCGCAAAAACGGGCGAAAGCGAGAAUGGGAAAAUCAGUUCCAUGAGAAGUCGACAUUUCAAAGUAGAAACUUUGCAGAAAUUGAAGUCAGUGGCUGGGCAUGUGGGGCUGUUAUUGAUGCUGAUGGUCUAUACCGCCGUAGGCGGAGUGGUUUUUCGUGAGCUUGAACUCCCUGCAGAGCUUUCUCGAAUUACAAAUCUUCGUUCUGCGCUCCAGACACAGCGACGUCAUUUCGUUGGAACCAUUACGAACAACACAGACGUCUCGAAUCUAGCCACCCUUGUCAGUUUGGAACUCGAAGCUUAUGAAAUAGUUGUUCAGGAGGCUGCUCAGGCCGGACUUUUGGUCACUCUUACGGCCGAAAGUACCCGGAAGAAUCAUCCCGUUCAUCAAAAUACAGACGGGACGACGAGUCUGCCGAUUACAAAUGAAAGGUGGAGUGUCCUCCAGGCUGUUUUCUUCGCGAGCACCGUACUCACGACGAUCGGUUACGGGAACGUCGUUCCGACAACUUUUGGAGGUCGGAUGUUCUGCAUUUUCUUCGCCCUUAUUGGUAUCCCGUUAACAUUAACAGUUAUCGCAGAUUGGGGACGGAUUUUUGCUGGGGCGUUAUAUCAGGUCGCUGAAAGAAUUAAACCGCGACUUCCGGUAGCAGCGUCAACGUGCAUGCCGACAAAUAUGACCGGAAGACGAUCUCUGGGAGCUAUCGCUGCUGUGAUGUUCCUCUUCUUGUACAUUUCGUGCGGAGCUGUUAUGUUCAUGUUGUGGGAGGAGGACUGGGGCUUUUUUGAAGGAUUUUACUUUUGCUUUGUUACGAUGACAACCAUCGGCUUCGGCGAUCUAGUACCCAAGCCGAAAUACAUGCUUCUCUGUACGUUGUACAUCCUGGUCGGCCUCGCUCUAACGAGUACUAUAAUAGAAUUGGUGAGACGACAAUACGCCCAGUCUUGGAAGCAGCUUCAAGCCCUUAGCGGUCCUCUGGCUGAUGCCCUGAGAAAGUUGGGCGAACAUGCCGGCGGCGAUAUGUCCGCGUUUCAGAACGACCUCCGCAGGGUUUUAACCGUCGUUUCUAUGCCACGAAUGAGACGCGGGGGUGGACAGGGUGCAAUCACCGAAGGAAGUAAUAGUGCGAUGAGACAACGCGAAUGGGAAGAAGCCGUCGAAGCUGUUCUCCGGGAUAUCACAUCCACGGGACCGCCCCCGCAAAUGCCGAACAAAUCUAUUGUUCAAAUCGUCAUCUACGAGUCCAGCGUCUGAUUUCAAAUCUACGUUACUCGAUUCGAGUUCGGAAUAUAGAUGUUCGAAGUGAACUGCGGAUCAACCUUUAGCAGGAUAUUGAUCGUUGUAUCCAUGAUGUAGAUAAUGCAUAUAAAAUAUUGUUGCUCUCUUCGUGAUAAUUAUCAUGGAAUAAUUAAUCACUAUCGCAGCCGACCGAACCAAAUCUUUACUCAAACCCAUAUGGGGUUCAAUAUAUCGAUGCAUGAUAUGCGUGGUUUUGCGAAUUUUUUCAACAGAACUUCUGCAGAGUCUAUUUUUCACUUCCGCUAUCUAAAUAAUCAUUUUUAUACCGCUCAGAUUCCUCCAAUGUUUGUAUCAGAAACUCCCGUUAAGAAGAUUUAAAAUAUCACAGCGACCCACUAAAACGUUCCGAAUCAGAUGUACCGAUUCGUUCCUCGAAUCACUUCCAUGAAAAUCGAAAUUCAGUUUUUCAAAAGAAUCACGAAAACGUUCUGGCUAUCAAAUAAAGGAUUAGUAUAUCAA